UAACGACUGGCUGGGACUUGUUGAUGGGGAGGAUAUGUUGAUCUGGGGUAUAAAGACCGGAGCCGGGUGACCAACCACUUCCCAUCCUUCUUCCUCUUCUUCUUCAGUUGAGCGUGGGAAAAAUAAAUUGCGCCGUGUAUCAGCGGCGUUUACUCUCUCUCUCUCUCUCUCUCUCUCUCUCUCUCUCUCUCUCCUUCCUUUUUACCCUUUACGCGCUGGUCGCCACACACCGACCGUGUGGUGGGGGGCUGCUGCUGCUGCUGCUGCUGCUGCGUCGACAUGGGUCUGCGCUGGGUCGACCCGUGCGCUCACCGCCGGGGGGUUUAAGUUUUAUACAUAUUUGUAUGCAGCUUGUCACACAAUGCAGACGUCAUCUCCACAGGAUUCAGAUCAGCCUCCGGUUUUUCCCUUUCCCUUCUCCGCGGCUCCCAUCGCGCCCUCCCGCCCGCGUUGUGACUGUGGAAUACGGAGAAGAACAUUUGUUUUGCGAACAUAGUCCGAGUUGAACUUUGCGUCGAUUCAGUCUGCGGCCUGCGCAAUUUCUUUGCCAUCCUGCAAACGCGCGGCCGUUAUUGCGCGCUCCCCGUCGCAGGAUCGCCUCUCGCGAACUUGGACUUCGCGUCGCCCGGGCUGCAGCUGCUGCAGCUGCUGCUGCUGCUGCUGCUGCUGUGCCUCCUCCACUCGGCUGCAGCAGGAUGUUCCUCUCCGUAUAGGAGGCGCCCGUUGCGGCGCACAUGCACGGUUGUCCCCUGCACCGCUGUACCCCAAAUCAGCGACUUCUGACAGAGGAGCCGCCUCGUCUGGCAAGAAGGAGGAGGAGGAGGAGGAGGAGAGGAGGAAAACCGAGGGUGCAGGACGGAGAGGGAAAAGAGUGCGGGUGAAUGUGCGGUGUGAGGACGCCGCAGCCGGUGUUUUGGACAUUUAAAGGAGGCGAUGCCCCUGAAGCAUGUCAGAGACAGUGAAUAAAAGCAUCACCUCGCAGGUAUGAAUGAACCUCCGAAUCCUCGGUCCUCGUGAGUUUUUUUUUUGGCGUGUGUUUUGUCAGCGGGACCGGUGGCUGCAUGGAAUUACGCAUGAACUGAUCUCAUUUUUUUUUUUUUUUGUUCUUCUUCCAUCAUGUCCAAGAAUCUUUCGAGUGAUGAUGACAUCUCUUUUGAUGCCACGGUUACCAUGUAGUGUUCGGGCAGAACAGAACGGGAGCGCCUAGAGACACACACAUAUAUAUAUAUAUUUGACAUUUUUGACUCCACGGAACGGAUCACUCCGGCCGCCACCAUGGGACUGUGACCCGGGCUGCGGGCACCGAGAGGCGGCUGUUUGUGAGGUCUGCGCUCCGUGCGCAGACGGGACCUGCAGCGGUUGUGACAUUUUGAGCCAUGGCCGCUGCGAUCGCCAGUGGGCUGAUCAGACAGAAGAGGCAGGCGCGGGAGCAGCACUUGGACCGGCCCUCGACCAACCGACGGAGGAAGAGCCCCAACAAGAACAAGGGGCUCUGCAAUGGGAACCUGGUCGACAUCUUCUCCAAAGUGCGCAUCUUCGGCCUCAGGAAGCGGAGACUACGGAGACAAGAUCCCCAGCUCAAGGGUAUAGUGACCAGGUUAUAUUGCAGGCAGGGAUACUACUUGCAAAUGAAUCCAGAUGGCUCUCUUGAUGGGACCAAGGAUGACAGCAGUAAUUCCUCUUUGUUCAACCUUAUUCCUGUGGGCCUCCGAGUUGUCGCCAUUCAGUCCGUGAAGACCGGGUUAUACAUCGCCAUGAACGGGGAAGGACACCUGUACACAUCAGAACUCUUUACAGCGGAGUGCAAGUUCAAGGAGUCGGUGUUCGAGAACUACUACGUGAUCUACUCGUCCAUGUUGUACAGACAGCAGGAGUCGGGGAGAGCUUGGUUCCUAGGGCUCAACAAGGAGGGCCAGGCCAUGAAGGGGAACCGGGUGAAAAAAACAAAACCAGCUGCUCACUUCCUGCCCAAGCCAUUAGAAGUUGCCAUGUACAGGGAGCCAUCGUUGCAUGACGUCGGAGAGACGGUGCCCAAGGCGGCGGCGCCGCCUCCCAGUAAAAGCACAAGUGAGCCGGCGGUGAUGAACGGAGGCAAACCCGUGAGCAAGCCCGACAAGCCCCCCACAUAGCCACACCUGACCCGGUGCCCUCUGCGCGUGCGUGCGUGCGUGCGUGCGUGCGUGUGUGUGUGUGUGUGUGUGGUGGGGAGGAGGUGGGGGUGUGUGACGGAGGCAGGGCUCCCCCCCCCCACCCGACUAGACUCCAGACCCUCUCUCUUCUGCGGAUCACAUCCAGGCGAACCUUCCUCUCCCCCUUCCUCUCUUGCCCCUCCUCUUCCUCGUCCUCCUCCGCCUUGUCCACCUUUCCUCCGGCUGUCUCAGCACGGGCGGACGGAUUCCCAGGCGGGCCGAGCUUCUCCAGCACAGGAGGGAGGAGGAGGACCUCCGAUCCAUGGAAUGCCUUUUUUUUCGAUUUCUCUGAAACUGUGAGAAUUCAUGUGAAUAACGUGCGUGUGUUUCCCGACCCCGCGCUCGCGGUACUUUGCUUGCUGGCGGCUCAUCCAAGAACCCCCGUCCGCCCGUCCCCCUCCUCCCCUUCUCUAUGAUGCCCUGUUGGAGCAGAGUGCGUGUACCUACCUUCAGAUCUAUUUUCUAUACCACAGUUCACCAGCUAUGUGCUGGGACAGAGACUGUAUAGAUAGAGUAAAUAUUUGGACCGUCGUCCUCUAUUUUUUACCAGUGCGUUCCCCUCUCGCUCUCUUUCUAUCUCCGGUCACACACUUCUUUUCUCUUUGUCAAGUAAGAAAAGAUGAAAACAUUUUGCAAGCGAGUUGUAUGAUUUUCUAAGAAACACAUUCACAUACGAAGACGGAUACAAAAAAAAAAUCCAGAUUGUCUUCUCGCCUACAACACGGACACACACACACACGCGCACGCACACACAGACACACACACACACACACACACACACUCACACUCUCAAAGUUUGUGGGGAAAAGAAUCCUUUUCCUUUUCUUUUUUUUUUUUUUACAGCCGAUAAAAACACACUGGAGGCUGGAAGAUAGCUCCUGCAAUCAUAGUUGACGAAGUGCUGAUUACCGCCGCAAUCAAUGCGAGGAACUCGCCGCACGCGCACACACACACACACACACACAAACACACACACACACACACACACACACACACACACACACUAACACACGUUUCUAAGCAGAUGUGCGUGUGGGUGGGAGAGCGCUGGAAGGAAUGGUGUAUACAUAUCACUAUCUAAGUCCCACCAGCGCUUCUGUCCGCCUUCUCUGGCAAAUAGAAAAAAAAAAAAACCUGAAGUCUAUUUUUCUUUAAUCUUAUUUCGGAGCGUGGGCUCUAGGAAUAUCUCUAGGCCUUGUAGGCCUCUGUCCCUCACCCGCUGACUUCUUUGGACUGUACGAGGCGAGGCUUUGUGGCUUUGACCCAGAUGGUCUGUAACUGCAGCACUGGCGGCCAUCUUUUGGCGGCGUCUACGUGAUGGAGCCAGAAAACAACGUGGCGGAAAAAACAAACCGGUAGGCGACAUUUAUACUGGCUGCAUCCCUAUUUGGUUCAGCAAACUGAAGCAUGGGCAAGGUUAAAUAUUGUGUUCUCUCACUUCUUGCAGCAGUUAUACAAGAGAUGGCUUAUAUUGUGUAACAUUUUCACUGUAUAAAACUUAGGGAAAAUGACUAUGAAAAAAAAAGAGAAAAAUCAUAACUUUUUAAAUGACUAGAUAUGAAUAUGAUUACUACUACGAGAGGAUUUUGUCUCCUAGCUCAGCAUGCAGAGUCCAGUACUGAUCAUCUCGGCCUGUCACGUGCCUGUUUGGACCUUGAUCCCCCCUGGCAUGCAAACACCCCCCCCCCCCCCCCGGUUCCCAGUCCCCAACUGGGCCAAAGGUGCCUCACCCACCCGAUACACCCGCGUAGAGGACACGUAGCAUUACCCAUCGAGAAGCCACGCUCAGAUGUUUGCAUUCUGAAAAUGACCAAAGUCUUUCCUUUUUCUUUUUUUUCAUCCCGAGGAAGGUGCGACCUCUUUAAACUCUUUAGGAAAGAAAAACAAAUCUGAUUCUCUCUCUCUCUCUCUCUCCGAUUCAAUUCGUCAAAGCUUUCACUGUGAUAGCAUCCGUCCGGUCCGACAGAAUCAGCUCAUGCUCAGACCUGCGGAGGGGUCUCGACUGAUGUCAUUUUUCUGGAGGGGCGCGUACACCUUGAAUUAAUCACGUGCAUGUCAUUUUUCUCUGAGGAACAAGGCAUGGGUAUCCGUUAAAGCCGAACACGGGCUGCACUCGCCCCUUCAGUCUGGAGGCCGCCAACUGCUCGUUCAGAUUUUUUGCUUUUUAAGCAUUUCCAUCACGACUGUUAGCAGUUUUUCCUCAAACGCUCCAUCCGACCUGAUCCACUUUACAAUCUUUUAACAUCUAGUUUUUCUCAGAUAAGAUCUAGCGUAUGAAGUAGAUCGUUUGCCUCUGUACGCUGCUGAGCCUGCAACUAUACGCAGACAUUUUUUAGUUUGGUUAAAAAUAUGAUUUUUGGGAGUUUAAUCGGGACGACACGCGGACAUUUGUUAUUACUGCACAUCAAAGCACAUCGGUUGGACUUCAAUAUUUGUCUGUACAAAGCUGUUAAUGUGACAACGACAGUGGCGUCCUGUAGACACACACACACACACACACACACACACACACACACGCACACGCAGGAGCUGGAAACCGCUGUAGUUGUGACUGAGGCGGACGCUCUGUCCAUCGUUACGGCCUGGUCAUCCUCCACCUACAAACCCCCCGUGCCGGGCUGGCUGCUGCUCCGGCCCCUGCAGUCCAGUGACAUGGCUCCUCCAAGGCUGACUUUUUAUUUUUUUUUGUAAAUGGCCAGUGUGUAAAUGUACAUCUCUGUUUGGAUCUCUGUACUGUAGCCACUGUUUUGUCUUUCUUUCUUUCUGUCCGUCCGUCCGUCCGUCCGUUCUGUUUGUCUGCCUCCAUUCUCUCUCGUAUACGGGUCGCGUGUGAUGUCGUCUCCUAAUUCCCGGUCACUUUUUUUCGCGUUGCCCUCCGCCCCCCCCCCCCCCCCCCCCCCCCCCCCCUUUCUCGUCGGACGAGCUUCUUUGUCGCUUCCGUCUUCAACCUCCCUUUACUUUUGCGUGCGUUGUCCCAUCUGCUGCAUGGGGAGAGGACGGCAUCCACGAACUGCAUGUAGUAGGCUAUGUCUAUCGAGAGCUGUUGGUAUGUAUCGCUAAUUCUACAUACAUAUAUGCAACGAGUUUGUCUACACUAUACAGUUUGUGUUUGUUGUAUACACACACACACACACGUACAACAUAUUGAAUAAAAAUAUUUAUAUGAAGGUGUGCUGCAAUGUCAGUGACAUACUUAAUGCAAUAUAGAGUGCAGUAUAUUAUUGCACCUGUCAUUUUUGAUGGGACAAAGAAAAACGGAGGGGGGGGGGGGUUGGUUUGAGCAUGAAGAAAGGCCAAAGUAGAAUUUACAUAAAAUUUUCUUUUCGAACUUCUUAUCGGUCCUCGACUUUCCACAUGGUGACUGAGCGACAUGGACAUCCAGCUUGCCACGACUAAACCCGCGUAUGCCCGUCUCUUGGUUUCCUCCAUCACCAGUAUGAGUUGAGUGCAAAACGUCCAUCAAGUACCUUCAGUACAGUGCGGCGGUUUCCAUGGCAGAUCGUUUGGUUUGAUUAUCGCGGUGAAGAAGAUUAGGCACUAUUGAAAUGAUUUAUUUUUCAGAUAUAUAUCUAUAUCUAUAUAUAUACCAUUGCAAGUAUGCCCAUUGGAGUUAUGUCAUGUUAUAACAGAUUUGUAACCAUGUAUGAUUAAGGUCUUCGCAUUGUUUUCCAUGCAAAAAUGUUGUGCCAUGCGGCACAGUUAAUGUUUUAUUAUUAAAAAAAAGAAAUAAAAAACCUAAAACAGUAA